UCCUUUACUAAUACUGUUACAGAAUUUCGAAGGAGAAAUAAUGGACAUCAUGAAUUGGGCAAUUUUUACACAGGCUUUGUUAAUUAUUCUCCUAACCAACGGCGGAACUUCACAAAUAAGCUCCAUUGUCACAAAUACCCGUCAAAUACUACCUUCUCCUACACCACUGCCCAGCCAGUGCAGUCUAAAUGACCGCUUGCUGGACAUCCUACAAGACACGGUCAAGGGACUGACCAGUAAGGUGGACACGCUGCAGGACACGGUACACGCGCUGCAGCUAGAGGUCGCCACAUUGAAGACCGACCUUGCUCAGGUCACGGCCACAAAGCAAGGAGUGACUGGCCGAGAUUGCGUAGAACUGAACAAAAAUGGCGCCAAACUGAGUGGCGUGUACACCAUAGAGCCAGCAGACGACAGGGGUCAAUUUGAAGUCUACUGUGAUAUGGAGACAGACGGAGGAGGAUGGACGGUGUUCCAAAAGCGCGUGGACGGCUCUGUUGAUUUUUACCGUGGUUGGCAACAGUAUAAACUUGGGUUUGGAAAUCUUAAUGGAGAGUUUUGGUUAGGCAAUGAUUUCAUCAAUCGACUGACGUCUCAAGAGAGAUACGAGCUACGUGUAGACUUAGAAGACACAAGUGGCAUCAAGAAAUAUGCCUUGUACGACUCGUUUUCAAUUACUUCAGAAAGAACAGGAUAUCAGCUAAGUCUUGGGACGUAUUCUGGAGAUGCUGGCGACUCCUUGGGGGUAGCGAACUAUGGGAGCAAGGGCAUGAAGUUCUCCACCAAAGAUAUGGAUAAUGAUGUGUACAGUGGUAAUUGCGCGACCCAAUUCAAGGGGGCGUGGUGGUACUCUAACUGCCACUCUGCCAACUUGAACGGCCUGUACCAUCAUGGCGCCCACACCACGUUCGCGGACGGUAUCAACUGGAAGUCAUUUAAAGGGCACCAUUAUUCUUUGAAAAGGACCGAGAUGAAAAUUCGUCCAGCAGGGUUCAAGUUUCGUACUGCCUCUUCUUCCGGUUCUGCUUCAGUUGUGGUGGGUUGAAGGACGAAAAGUGUUGGCAAUGAACUGGGAACCAGUAUAAAAUUCCUUGUUUCUGAUAUUUUAUGGUCCAAAGUAAAGAAGCUAGUUACCCCAGUAAUCUAAUCAAAUAAAGUUGAAUUUUAGCACUCCAAAGUGAUUAUAUGUUUAUAUCAGGCCCCAAAAGAGACAAGGAGGGUAUUGGUUGGUUUCGAUA